AAGCGCAGUAAUUCGGUCCUGUAUUUUGGUGCUCCGUUGAUCAUAGAAUUCCAUUAUUGAAUUAUUUGAACAGUAGGUUAAUUUUUUUUUAUUUCAAAGAAUUUUUUACUAUCGUGAAAAGUGACAUAUAAAAGUAUAGCUGCAGUAAGCUACGCGUUGAAGAAAUAGAAAUUUCCAUAGAAAAACUCAUAUUUUACCAUUUUUUCUUCUUCUAAAUUUCAUGUUAUCUCAGAUGGAAUAAUCUUUUUCCUUUGUUUAACGUUAAAAUAGUAAAUUUAAUAAAAUAUUAAAGAAAUUAAAAAGAUAUUCUUAAUUCUCUCGUAUCUGUAGUUUAGAAAUUAUUAUUGACUCUUCAAAUUGCGCAUAAGUUCAAGAUACGUAUAACAACCAUUACAUGACUAACGGAGUCAACGAAUCGUCAUUUAAAACUGUAAAAGUGAACUGUCAUUAUAUUCAUUCAGAAUGUCUGGUAAUCCAAAAUCUGUGUUUGGUUUCGAAUUGUUACAAAAAUUAGUUGACAAUGAUAUUUGUAAAAAGGAAGAUGUUAUUAUUUUGUUCGUACACUGGUAUAUCAUAAAGUGUGGCUUUAAAUGUUUAGGUUAUGGAGAUGUCAAAUUAUUUGAUACAUCUGAAAGAGGUUCAGAAUUGCUUCCAGAGAACUGGAACAAAGGGCCUAAUUAUACAUUACGUUAUUUGAUAGAUGGCAAAUUAUUUCUUUUGUAUGGAAUAAAAUCUGAUGAGGAUAUACUUAUUAAUUUAUUGAGGAUAGAUAAUAACAAUAUAGGAAAUAUACAAUUUCCUAUAGAACAAACCGUUAAUAAGCUUCAUGGUCCUUUAGAAGAAUUAAUACCAUCGUAUCUAACAGUUAUGCAUAGAAUUCGUAAAGAACUAUUGGAACCUGUAUUUCCUAUUGAUAGCGUAGAUAUGUCUACUCAAACAUCAACUUCUGAACGUAAACCUAGAGAUAUUUGUACCGAUCCAUUAAGGGUUGAUCCACCUCAAAGACCUUCGAGCGUUUCACAACCUUGGAAUCCUGAAGCAGAUCCAAGAAGAGUAGGUUCAGCAGAUUUAGAUCCUCUUGGAAGAGGUAGAGGUGGUGGGAUGAUAUAUGAUCCAUUUUCUCGUGUACCAUGGGGUAUGGAUCCAAGAGGAAUCGGUGGUUUAGGAGUACCUGGAAGAUUACCACACGGAGCAGUACCACCUGGAGCAAGGUUUGAUAUUUUUGGACCACCCGAUUUGAAUCCAAUACCGCGGAGACCACAAAAUCCUGACAACGACGAAUUACCGCCUCCAGGAUACGACGAUAUGUUUAUGUAAAAAGAGAAAACCAAGUAUAAAAUUAAUAUUAAUCGGAAAUUUUUUUAAAUGUUAUCCCGUUCCCUUUCUUUUUCUUUUUUUCAUUUUUAAAUCAUAUCUUGUAAUAUUAUUUUAGAACGUUGAUUGUAAACUAUGCUCCAAUAUCUUGUAAUAAUUUCUAUGAUCUUACGUCUUAGCUUGUAGAAAUAUUUUAUUUAACAUCUUGUCAGAUUCUGAAAAUAAUCAUAAAAUAUUCUUUCCUCACAAAACGUCUUCUGUUCUUUUUUUAUUUCAUUACUGAUGUUUACAAUAUAACAAAACGAUUUCUUAAUUAGUUUAAUCAAUGUCAAUAAUAUAGUGACGAGUAAAUUACAUUAACAAAUUAAAUAUAUAAUAAUAUUAAUUCUUGUUUAAAUUGCGCUAACUCGUUAAAUUUAUUAUUUCUUGUUUAAAUCGAUUUGAAGGGAGUGACUAUUAUUUCAUUACGUCUGUUCAAAAUAGAGGAUUUCUUUGUUACCUAAGUUAUUCCUGUUCUGGGUAUUCACAUUGGAUGAAAUUUAUUUAAAAACGAAGCAUAUUGACCAUUACACAAACAUGAUUUACGGUCACCAUCAUGAAAUGGUAACUAUAAAAAGAUUUACAGAUAAUUACAUUACUAUGUCUUUACAUGAGUAAAAGACAAAUGUUUAGAAGCGAUUCGAUUCAUUUCUUCGAGUGCCAUGAUUCUUAAUAUUCUGUGAGUACUCGUUAACUAGGAUCGUCCCCAUUUAUUUCUUUUCAUUCUAUCCGCCAGCAACUUUUGCCGGCGUCAAAAAUUAUCGGCAGAUAAAUUAAG